AUGCGGGACGCAAUGACGCCCAGUGAGCUAGAAAAAGGCGGGGAAUCCGAAGCCACGCUGUAUACGACGUCCAGUACAUCCUCAGAAGAUCCAAAGCAGCAGGAUGAAGCCGCUCAAGAAGACCCGAACCUGGUCACUUGGGAUGGCCCCGACGAUAUCACCAAUCCCUUCAACUGGCCCACCAAGAUCAAGAUGCGUCAGUUGGUGCUGAUGGCGGUCAACACGUUUAUCACUCCCCUCGCCUCGUCCAUGUUCGCCCCCGGUGUCGCCCUGGUGAUGCGCGAAUUCCAUUCCGCCGACACCAUGCUCGCCUCCUUUGUCGUCUCCGUCUUCGUGCUCGGAUACGUGGUCGGUCCCUUUCUCAUCGCUCCCCUGUCCGAGAUGUACGGCCGCGUGCCGCUGUACCACGCCUGCAACAUCCUGUUCCUGAUCUUCACCAUCGCCUGUGCCGUGGCCCAGUCGCUGCCCCAGUUGAUCGUCUUCCGGUUGCUGGCGGGGAUUGCCGGUGUCUGUCCCCUGACCAUCGGCUCGGGAACCGUUGCGGAUAUGAUCCCCAAGGAGAAGCGCGCUGGCAUCAUGGCCAUCUGGGCGCUGGGUCCGAUCCUGGGUCCGGUGAUUGGGCCCGUAGCCGGAGGAUUCCUGGCCGAGGCUGAGGGAUGGCGCUGGGUGUUCUGGGUGAUUGCCAUUGCGACCGGAGUGGUGACCAUCGCGUGCAUGCUGGCCUACCGCGAAUCCUAUGCCCCGGUUCUGCUGCGUCGCAAGGCCGCUCGCCUUCGCAAAGAAACCAACAACGCCAACCUCUACUCCAUCCACGACAGUACACGGCCGACCCAGGCGACCUUCCUGUCGGCGCUCGCCCGUCCCGGCAAGCUGCUCACCCGCUCGCCCAUCGUCUUCCUCAUGUCGCUCUUCUCCGCCGUCACCUACGGCUACCUCUACCUCAUGUUCACCACCAUCACCUCCAUCUUCGAGACGCACUACCACUUCUCCCCGGGCGUCGCGGGACUGGCCUUCCUGGGCUUCGGCAUCGGCUGCGUCAUCGGCCUCGUCGUCUGCGGCGCCGUCGCCAACCACAUCGCCGCCGUCCACUCCGCCCGCGGCUGCUUCACCCCGGAGUCCCGCCUGCCGCCCAUGCUCGUCGGCUGCUGGUUCAUCCCCGUCGGCCUGUUCUGGUACGGCUGGGCGGCCGAGGCCGGCACCCACUGGAUCGUGCCCAUCCUGGGCACCGGCGUCUUUGCGAUCGGCCUCAUGGCCGUCUUCAUGUCCGCCAACACCUACCUGGUCGACUCGUAUCUCGCGCACGCCGCCUCCGUGACGGCCGCCAGCACCGCGCUGCGGUCGCUGGUCGGCGCCGUGCUCCCGCUGGCCGGUCCGGCCAUGUACGACGCCCUGGGGCUGGGCUGGGGCAACUCCCUGCUGGCGUUCAUCGCGCUGGCCAUGUGCGUGUGUCCGAUUCUGUUCUGGAAGUUUGGCGCGCGCAUCCGUACGCAUCCCCGCUUUCAGGUUCAGCUAUAA